GAUCUGAUGUUCAGGGAGAGUGUUGCACGCUGCUUAAAUGAGUGGCAGGCACAACAGAGCAGAUGAUUGGCUCAGGAGACGGCUGUUUCGUAGUGCCAGUCCUUCAGUCAUAGAUUGCCUUGAUCAAUCUAAUGAAGAACAGGGCUUGUGCCUUGCAACCCAGCUUGUGGGCGCACGUGUAUGUUCCUACUUGCUUUGGAUAGUGAAUAAACUGAAGUCUCCAUAAGACAAGUUUUCCAUAAAGUCCUGCCCUGAAGGGGUCAAGUGCAGGUGAUUCUGGGGCCUCCACUGAAAAGACCCUGUAUCUCUUGCAUGCCAACCUGGCUGGUGCCACUGCCUAGCAGCAGCCGAACCCUCUGGCUGUAUCGUGAGCUGACAGAGGACCCCGGGCUCUUCUUAGGAGAACACCUGUUUUGUUUGCAGGGGGGUGAGUGGAAGGACGUAGCAGCUGAGCUGAGUAUUUUGUGCCUUGCGGGGAGGAAGGCUGGCCAUGGUUAGCUUAGCAGUUCACCCUAAUGUGGUUCCACCAUCGUUAUUCAUAUACAUACAAAACAGGAAGCGCUUUGAGAUCAUAUCAACAACAGACUUCCUUAUAUGUACAAAAAUAAAGUUUCGUGACAGCAAUGAGACUGACACUUAAAGCGGAGACAAGCUUCGCGUUUGUGGGUCCAGCCAAUCCGGAGCCCCCAUGAGACGUGUGGGGUGCUGAAAGCCAGCCCUGGUCGGAGCUCUUUUUCUGUGAGAACGAGGAGAAGGUGUCUGCUUUCUCUGUAGGCAACAGCCAUGUCCCGAGAGAAGCUUUCUGAAAUUCCGUUGCGAGCGUCAGCCAGGCUCCUGCAAGUGGCCUCUCCCCAGCCGGGCUGCCCGUCUCCUUCCAUUCCACCAGGUAAAGUCAUCUCAUCAUCUCAGAAGCUCAGCAAAAAGGCCCUCAAGCAGGCUCUGAAGCAGAAGCAGCGGAAGCAGCAGCAAUGCCGAGGAGCCAGCGUGCAGCCCGUCUCCUCCAACCACCACCUCCUCCAGCAACAUGCAAAGGCCGCCAGCCCCUCCGUCCCUGCAAAGCCUGCUUGGGAAGGAAAGCAAUCUGAUGGACACUCAAGCAGCUCCCAGAACUCUACGUCCAGCUCGUCUCCCUCCGUUAAAACAGAGCCUUCCCUGCCAGUUCUGGGGAAGAAGCCCUUCCAGAGAUCGGAGAGGCUUCAUGCAAGGCAGCUGAAGAGGACGAAAUGUGCCGAAAUCGACGUGGAGACGCCCGACUCCAUCCUGGUGAACACCAACCUGAGGGCGCUGAUCAAUAAGCACACCUUCUCCGUGCUGCCGGCCGACUGUCAGCAGAGGCUGCUGCUGCUGCUCCCCGAGGUGGACAGGCAGGUGGGACUGGAUGGCUUGCUGAAGCUUAGCAGCUCCGCCCUGAACAACGAGUUCUUCACCUCCGCUGCCCAAGGGUGGAAGGAGCGACUAUCGGAAGGAGAAUUCACUCCGGAGAUCCAGCUGAGGCUUCGUCAGGAGCUGGAGAAAGAGAAGAAGGUGGAGUUGUGGAAGGAGCACUUCUUUGAGAGCUACUACGGCCAGAGCUCUGGGCUGAGUCUCGAAGAGUCGGCUCAGCUGACCUCCACUGCCCCACCUGCUGCUCAGGACCAGCCGCAAGCCGAGAAGCCAGCCACGCAGUCGCCACAAUUCAUGCCGGUCUCCGUGGCCACGCCUUGCAAAGAAGAGGCUGCUCCUGUGGCAACUCCAAAGGCGCAGGAUGCCCUAGUGGUGCCGCCACUGCCAGGAGCCGCCAGCAAAGAGGCGACGGAAGAGGAGGAGAAGCCGCCACGGGCUUCCACGCCGCCGGAGGAGCUUGUGAAGUCGUCCUCGUCCUCCAGCAACACGCCCAUCAGCCAGGCUCCCCGCAGGCCUUCCAGGGGGGCAGAGGAAGAGGCUCUGGCUGGGCGAGAAGAGGAGGCAGGAGAAGCCAAGAGGCCCCACCUGCCUUGCCCAGAGUCCCUUCCGGGGAAGGGAAGCGCAAGCCAACCAAAGAUCCCAAGCAGCACCACCGCUGCUGCCGCUUCCGCCGCCUCCAGCACCAGCCUGGAAGGAGAGUCUUGGGCAACGCCUGCCAAGGAUGCCCUUCCUGCCAGCACGGAACAGAUGGACACCGGAGCGCAGGCUCUGAAGAGGAAGCCCGGGCCCCCUGAGGAGGCGGCCUUGUCCACACCAGAGAAGCGGGCCCACGUUGAGGAGAAGUGCCCCCCCAGGCCGCCCUUUCAGAGCCCGCCGCAGCCCUUUCCCAUCGCUCCUGUUCCCAAGGUCCCUCCACUCCGGAUCCCCGUCUCCAGGAUCCAGGGUUCUCCCUCGCCAUUUCCUGCCGCCAGCCAGGUCUCUCCCAGGCCCGGCUUCCCAGUCACCAUCACCAGUCCCAGGAGGACAGGGGCCAGGACUCUGGCGGAUAUCAAAGCCCGCGCCAGGAUGGCCAGGGCCCAGCGGGCAGCAGCCGCCGCGGCCGCUGCCGCCUCCGGCGCUGCUCCUCCUGCGUCCUUUGUGGGAGCCAUCCCGGGCCCCGGCCCCGGCGGGGGGAGAGGAGAGGAGCAGAGCAGCGUCGCACCAGGGAGGCCUCAUGGAGCUGCGCUGGACCUGGCAGGCCCUGGAGGCGGGGGAGGUCCACGAAGGGCCCCUGGCCCGGGAGCCCCCUCCGCCUGCCCCCCAGCGCCACCCCCCGCGGCGCCCCAGCCAGCACCCUCUGUCGGUCCUGCAAGAGCACAGCUACAGCCGGCUCCCCCAGGAGUGGGCCCCGGGGCGGAGACCUCGCCAGCCCCCCAGGCAGAGAUAGGCAGCGCCAGCCACUUGCACUUGGCCGCCUCUGCCGGCCGGGGGGUCCCUUCGGGGUCAAGUGCCAGGCCGCCUGCAGGGAUGGGUGGCCCUGGGAACGCCUCUCCCACAAUCAUCCUGAUUUCCGGGGCGACCUGUGGCUCCGAAGGCCCCAGCCCAGCCAGUAAAAGUGGGGCUGAAGCGGCCACGGCGCCAGGGGGGAAAUCCCUCUCUUCAGCUCAGGCACCCGCUGGGCUCUUCCGGGCGCCCCCGUCUCCUGCCGCUCAGGCCGGCCCACUGCCCCCGCUGGCUGCGACAUCCCCUGCCGUCGCUCACAGCCUUAAAGCCCCCCCUGGCCCCUUGAGCGGAAGCGCCGCUGCCACCCCCUUCCUCAAGGCCAGCUCCAGCAUCCCAGCCAACAACCCCCUGGUGGCCCAGCUGCUGCAGGGGAAAUCGGUGCCCAUGGAGCAGAUCCUGCCCAAGCCCCUGACCCGGGCCGGGGAGGUGAAGACCCUCCCUCUCCCUGUAAAGGAAGGCAGAGAGCCAGCAGCAGCUCCUCCGCAGAGGGAAGCCAGCAAGAGGCAGCCGCCUCCCCCAGCCGCCUCACAGCUGAGUGGGAAGCCAGACUCCAGCCAGGGCAGGCAGCUGCUGCCGCCGCCCCCCCACGGCCCUGCCCCCUGCUCCCCCUUCCCAGGACGGGACUUGUGGGGCGUCAGUGCCGCCCCCUUCCCCAGCCAGGAAGCCCAGGAGCACCACCUCCUCCAGCCCCUGAUGCAGGUGGCUCCCAGGCAGGGCCCCCUGCCCACUUCCUCGCCCCCUCCCCAGCUCCCCCCACUCCCCGCAGACUUCCCUGUGGAGAGCAGCAGCUCCCCCAGCCAGAGCUUUGUCCUGGGAUUCGCCGGCAGGAGGACGUCCAAGCCUGCCAUGUCGGGACAUUAUCUCCUGAACAUCUCCACCUACGGGCGCUGCCCCGAGAACCUCCGGAGGAGCCUGGCCGUGCCCCCAGAGAGCCGCCUGUGCCCCGAGGGGCCCAAGAUGGAGUUCAAGGAACAAGAGGUGGUGGCCGUAAGUGGCGGGGAGGACGGGCGAGAGACGGACGACACGGAGGACGAAGAGGCGUUUGUUGCGGCGAAGGAGGAGCCCCUGCCUCACAAGGGGGCAGGAGGAGAGGGCGAGCCGGUGAGCCCCUCCAGAAGGAGCACCAAGAAGGGGGAGCUGGCAGAAGGCAGCCCGGCCGAGGCAGCCACCCGCACACUCUCCGCAGGCCCAGAUUUUGCCCGGAGUGCCCUGGCGAGGGACUUCCUGCGGGCAGCCCAGGAGCAAGUGGCUCAGGCGGUGAGGGGGGAGAGGAAGCCCUGCAGCCUGGAGCUGCCUCCCUCGGCCGCGCAGGCGGAGGCCCUCCCUCCCCGGCCCCCGCUGCUGCUCUCCCCCUCGCAGCAGCCCCCCCGCCUCUUUGGGGGUCUGGUCGGGGCGCCGCUCCUCAGCUCGGGCUACAGCGGCACCAUCAACGUCUCUGCGUCUCCCGACCUGCGCCAGGAGGCCCUCCUGACGGGGCUCUCGGACCCCGGGCGCAUGGGGGACGUGGUCUCCUUCUCGGUGACGGUGACGACCAUCCCCGCCGGGCAGCAGGGGCCCGCGGGCCGAGGCCACCCUCUCCCAGGCCAGGCCUUCUCGGAGGACGGCCGCUUGGACCUGCCCUCCAAGUGCUACUGCCGCUUGAAAGCCAUGAUCGUCUGCAAGGGCUGCGGGGCCUUCUGCCACGAUGACUGCAUUGGCCCCUCCAAACUCUGCGUCUCCUGCCUGGUGGUGCGGUAGCAGCUCCGGACGGGCUGCUGGGGGGCGCCGUCCUCUUUGGGGAGCAGGAGGGGCGCCCUGCUGAACUGGGAGCCCUUUCCCCUGCCCCCCCACCCCUCCAGCCAUCCGCUCUGUUUUCUCCAGAGCGUCAGAAGCACCUUGGACAGACGGACGGACGGCAGAAGCUCUUGGGACAAGUGUUUGCACUUCAGGAAUCAUGUAAAUACGUUGCGUUGUGUGGUUUUUUCUUUUUGUCUUAAAAAAAGAAAUGUUUCAAAUUGCUUAAAAUCAAUCUGAUUGAUUUGAACUCCCGUGUUCGUCGAGCGUCUUUCCCCACGCCAGCAAGUGGUGGCUCUGGCCAGGCCCCUUCCAUGGCUGAACUGGGCUCUCCAGCGUGGCAGCCAGCCAGCCCCCUGGCGUGCCAUUCUUCUCCUUGGUGGCAGAGGCUGGCACCCAGUUCUGGCUGGCUGCCCCCUUUCCUUAUGGCGCUGUGUGCGCACUCAUGCGCAGUGCCCUAAGGAACCCGGCAGUUGUGGGUCUUGUGCAGGCAGGUGGGCGCCCGGCUUCUCUGCAGGGUUUGGUCACUCUGGAUGCUAUCUUGUGGGGGAAGUCCCCUUGGGGCCCCAUCCAGCUCAGCACUCUCUUCUCACAGCCCCCAACCAGAGGCCCAUGAGAUGGGAAGCUGCCUGCCAGGCCUUGUCUCCUCACCCCCCCCAUAGGCCCCACACAGGCGGAGUUUUGCAUUUGAGUUCAGGGUUCUUCAGAAGGAAAGCUUCCUCUCUCUUUUCUCAAAGGCCAAGGAUACUGAAUCAAGCAAGCCCCCCUGGGCCAGCCGCCCAGCUCUUUCCCCAUCCUAUUAAGCCUUGUCAGCAUUCUCACUCAGGGCCCAGUCAGUUGCCACGUCCUAGUUUGAGAUGUUUGGCAUUGAAGUGGAGCGCAGAUCUGAGUUGUGGGGCUAGCGGGGGCUCCAGCUGGCAGCAGAGGUGGGUUGCAGGAGUCUGGGAAACCUGACCCCACCUCUGCCUUUCCUCACAAUUGCUUUUGGAGACGGCUGCAGGCGGGAGGCAGGG